UCAGUAAACAUUACAACCAAUAAGUUAGAUUUGUUUCACAGGAUUGUGUGUCUAACUAUCCCUGCCUCCCCUGUGUUUUAGUUUGUCGCCGAAAAUAUCUCAUGUGAUGUUGCCAUUGUUACAAUAGUAAUCAUCAAAUAUAUUGUGCAGUAAGAAGUAAAAUAAUGAUGGAAGUUUCAAAGUGUUUUCUGCACUAAACCACAACGGCUCGAAGCUUGUAGAGUUAUUGUUAAACUAAAAACACACAAAGUAAUUCCUUAAUAUAACACAUUAUGUGUAACAUACACACAAAUUGCCACAACCAAGUUCACAUUGGAAAGUUGAAAACCACAAAUGUCAUACUUAACAACAAAAGAAAAAGUAGAAAAACAGUUUAUUGGAAAAUAAAUAUUUUCUUUCAUCCAGCUGCAAGAAAUUGUUGAAGUUUUUUUAAACAAAAUAUUUUAUGCCUCGACAAACAUGGCAAAAGUAAUCCUUGAUGAAUAUAUAAGUGACCUCAACCUUGAAGUGAAUGAAUAUAAUUGCUCACCACUGAGCUAUGAUGGAUUCUCAUACAUGUGGGCGGGGGCAAAAGCUAACUUUGGAAUAAGAUGCGGAAAGGUUUGCUUCGAAGUUAAAAUAUCAGAGUACUGUGAUGUAACAAACAAGGAGUUUGCUGACACGCAUGUUGCACGAGUUGGUUGGUCGACGGACAAUGCGACGUUACAACUUGGUGAAGAUAAAAACUCAUUCGGGUUCGGGUCAACGGGGAAAAAGUCGUUGCAUCGAAAGUUUACUAAUUAUGGCAGAAGAUAUGAAAAAGGAGAUGUUGUUGGCUGUUAUUUGUCCAUGGAGAACGGAUGGGUUGAAAUAUCAUACAGCGUUAACGGAAGAUAUUGUGGGGUCGCGUUCAAAGUUAGAUGGAUGACAGAUGAGGCAUUAUUCCCCCACAUUCUCACCAAGAACUGCCGACUUGAUGUCAACUUUGGGCAAUCACCCCACCCCUACUUCUCGUUACAACCUGGGUUCAAACUUAUCGGGCAUUCCCCGCGUGAUUGGUUGGUGGGGGGCGUACGAGCCCCCGUGUCACAGAGCGAUUGUGAGGUCAUAAUGAUGGUUGGGUUGCCAGGGGUGGGUAAAAGUACGUGGGCACUCAACUACCAGAAAAUUCAUCCAAGCAAGAAAUAUUUCAUUCUCGGAACCGACUCGAUCAUUGAUAAGAUGAGGGUGAUGGGGUUGCCGAGGAAAAAUAAUUUUGGAGGUCGUUGGGAUGUUUUGAUAAAACAAGCGAGCGAUUGUUUUAAUGCUUUGCUCAAGAAAGCGUCUGAACUUCCAAGGAAUUUAAUUCUUGACCAAACGAACGUUUAUUCUUCGGCGAGAAGAAGGAAAGUAAAACUUUAUCGGGAGAAAGGAUAUAACAUAAACGCGAUGGUGUUGGUUCCCCGUGACAACGAUAUGGUUCGCCGAUCCAAACAACGUACGCUCGAGGAGGGGAAGGAGGUCCCCGAGACGGCAGUUCUUGAUAUGAAAGCUAACUUUUCUUUACCCGACCCAAGAGAGGGUUUGUUUGAUAAAAUCACCUACCUUGAACUACAGGAGGUCGAUGCAAGAGAACUUGUGGAGGAAUAUAAUAUUGAAGCGAUGCAGAAAGGUCACCGUAGCAACCAACAACUUGGACGAGGCGGGAACAAAAACCAAACGGAACGAAAUUUCUCUCCGACUAAAUCAUGGGAAACCAAAAAUAUUUCGGCGUCAAAGAAAUCUUGGUCUACGAGUAACUACGGCGAUGAACAAUGGAGCAUACACAAAGGCCCCGAAGAUUCACCCCGCAAGCACAGGAAGAAUAAUGGAUCGAACGUUUAUUACGAUGAAACAAUGAAAUAUUCAAGUGAAGAAAAUAAAUUUCGGCCAAGUUCGAAAAAAGUUAAAAACUUUCAAGAAAGUUGGUGGGGUUCGCCACAUGGUGAAGCUAACAGUCAUGAUGGGGAAAAACCCCAAGAUAGGAAUUCCUACGAUCAACCUUGGGGAUUCCCCACAAAAUCUAGAAAGAAUGAAAAAUUUGUCCCAGAAAUAAAGCAGAGAGAAUUUCCCCCAAAACAAUCCACGGAAUUCCCCCAAAACAAUCCACAGCAAAACCGGGAAUUCCCGCAACAACAAAACUGUGAAUUUUCCCAACAGCAACACCAGGAAUUUUCCCAACAGCAAAGCAGGGAAUUUCCCAAACAACAAAAUCAGGAAUCCCCCCAACGGCAAUCCGGGGAAUUUCCUCAACAGCAAUCCCGGAGAUUUCCCCAACAGCACUCCAGGGAAUUCCCGCAACAGCAACACCGGGAAUUACCACAACAGCAAUCCCGGGAAUUUCCUCAACAGCAAUCCCGGGAAUUUCCCCAAACAGCAACUCCAGGGAAUUUCCACAACAGCAACACCGGGAAUUACCCGCAACAGGAAUCCCGGGAAAUUUCCUCAACAGCAAUUCACGGGAUUUCCCCAAACAGCAACAGCGGGAAUUCCCGCAACAGCAACACCGGGAAUACCCCAACAACAAAACCGGGAAUUUCCUCAACAGCAAAACCAGGAAUUUCCCCAACAGCAUUCACGGGACUUCCGCCGACAACAAAACUGGGAAUUCCCACAACAGCAAUCCGGGGAAUUUCCUCAACAGCAAUCCCGGGAUUUUCCCAAACAACAACUCAGGGAAUUCCCGCAACAGCAACACCGGGAAUACCCCAACAGCAAUCCGGGGAAUUUCCUCAACAGCAAUCCCGGGAUUUCCCCAAACAGCAACCCAGGGAAUUCCCGCAACAGCAACACCGGGAAUUCCCACAACAGCAAUCCGGGGAAUUUCCUCAACAGCAAUCCCGGGAUUUCCCCAACAGCAACUCAGGGAAUUCCCGCAACAGCAACACCGGGAAUACCCGCAACAGCAAUCCGGGGAAUUUCCUCAACAGCAAUCCCGGGAUUUUCCCCAAACAACAACCCAGGGAAUUCCCGCAACAGCAACACCGGGAAUUCCCACAACAGCAAUCCGGGGAAUUUCCUCAACAGCAAUCCCGGGAUUUUCCCAAACAACAACUCAGGGAAUUCCCGCAACAGCAACACCGGGAAUACCCGCAACAGCAAUCUGGGAAAUUUCCUCAACAGCAAUCCCGGGAUUUCCCCAAACAACAACCCAGGGAAUUUCCACAACAGCAAAACCGGGAAUUCCCACAACAACAAAGCCGGAAUUUCCCAAAACAACAAUUUAGGGAAUUUCCCCAACAACAGUCUCGGGAAUUUCCCCAAGAAAAGGUAGUUUUAAAAAUGGAUUCCAGCACUUUGGGCGGAAAUUAUGAGAAAAGGGGAAUUACCAAAUCAGAUGUUCCAAUAAGGCCAGGGGAAAAUUUGUGGGGAAAUUCCCAAAAGUUCCUCAAAGUUGAAGAUAAAGGGGGUUUCCCCUCACAUAAUCAAAAUAUGGGGCAAGUUGGUUCAUUUGAAAUAGACAAGCCUUUGGAUGGCGGGUCAAAAAUGAGGGGGGAGGGUCGGAGGAGUGACCAAUCAGAUGAUAGAAGAAAAAGGUCACCACGGGGUCAAAGGUCACCUAGAGGCCGUGAAAGGUCACCUAGAGGCCGUGAAAGGUCACCUAGAGGCCGUGAAAGGUCACCACGGGGUCAAAAGUUACCAAGAGAUCGUGAAAGGUCACCACGGGGUCAAAAACUGUCAAAAAGUGAAAGUUCAAGGAGGAGUCGUGAGAGGUCGUCAAGAGGUCGUGAAAGGUCGUUUAGAGAUCAGGAAAGGUCAAGAGGUCGUGACAGGUCACCAAGGAGUCAGGAAGAAAAACCAUUUACAAAAUCUGAAAGUCACAGAGGAUUUAAACAAGAAGAUGGCGCAGUAGCAAAACUGGCUGAGGUCGAUUUAAUCAAACUUAAAAAAAGUCUCGAAAAUAUUCGCAACUCUCGAUCUUUACAGGAGGAGUUAAAAGAAGCGAGUCACGUUGACUUCCAGGGCAACGUUAACGCUGGUGGAGAAUAUGGGGUUGGAGAAGCCUUGUUCACAAGGGAACCCCCAUUCCAAGGGGGGGAACCCCCAUUUCAAGGUGGGGAACCCCCAUUUCAAGGUGGGGAACCCCUAUUUCAAGGAGGGGAACCCCUAUUUCAAGGAGGGGAACCCCCAUUUCAAGGCGGUGAACCCCCAUUUCAAGAUGGAGAACCCCCAUUUCAGGAAAAUGUGAAAAGGAAACCCCCAUUGCAGGUAGCGAGAUUCCCAUUUAAAGGUGAACCCCGGUUCCCAGGUGGGGAACCCCCCUACCAGAUACCCCACGGUCGAAUGCGAGCUACGUUUCCACGACCACUAGGAGGUCAACGACCUCCAAUAAGAUUUGGAAAUCAACGACAGCGAACUCCACUAUUAGAAACUCCGAUGGCUUACCCAGUUGGAAUUCCCCCUGUUUGGAAUCCCCAAACAGGGGUUCCCCCAAAACAAGAAACGAAACCUAGAUUUCUGAAACCAGCGAUCGUUCAACCUUAUGUGGUGGGCCGACCAAGAGGGAACUUUCCUUUGAGGGGGGCAAAUGUAUUGCGAGGACCUCUCUUGGGGACGAGGCCCAAGUAUUGAAGAUGUCUAUGUUGGCGGCUGGGUUGAUAUUUCGUUUAUUUGUUGUUUCAGCGAAAUAAAAAGUCUGAACUUUUAAGUAA